GUUUAUUUUAAAUCAUAUGGUUCUCUUUGUGUUGUGUUCCAUUGAUUAAAUUUUUCUGCAUACUCAGAGAACGUAUAUCGUGAUAUCAUGAUAUACGUUCUCUGGCAUACAAAGUUUAAAAAAAUAUCAAACAUCUUCCCGCUAGUUCGAAUAGAUCAUUAAAUUAUUUUAUUGAAAUAAAAAUUUAUUAAAAAGUCAUAAUGCUUUCAAAAGAAUAUCUCGACAGCUGGAAUGAAUUGUGUGCUGAAUGUAAAAUGGUUGAAUCAGAUUUGGCAAAUCCUUCGGAAAAGUGGCUUACUAGAGUCCUGAUAAGCUAUUUAAGGAUGUUUGGAUAUCGAGUCGAAAUACCAUGCUCAGAAGAAGGAUCACGCGAGAAGAGGAUAUUCUUAAUAAAAUUAGUACGACACAUUGACCAUAUUUAUAAAAUUAGCGAUAAAUCAUUUACGUUCACAUAUUAUGACUUGCUCAAGCCAUCUACCAAAAAGACGUCGCAUAUGUUGGGAAUUCUUUUGAAUUACCUUUAUUAUAUGAAUAUGUUUAAAACCGAUGUUUUUAAAAUGGCUAAUGAUAGAUUAGCAGAACGGCAGGAAUUGGUGGACAAAAUUAAGUAUACAAUUGAAGAUAAUCGGAAAAGACAGACCAAGGCAGAAAAGAUGCACGAAGAGCUAACUUUUCUUACCAAUCAAAUUCCGCUGCAUAAGAAUCAAUUAAAAUCGGUUACUUCUGAAUUAAGUCGAAGCGAGAGUGAGUCGCAACAAAUAAAUGUUGCAGUAAAAGACUUAAAAACAAAAAUAGAUGAACUCAAAGGAAAAAUACGAAAUCUAAAACGUCUUAUUGUUCCUGAAGAAGAAGGACUGGAAUUACAAAUACAAUUAACUAAAAUCCAAGAACAAAUAAUUGAUUACGAAAAUCAGACUCGAAAUGCCGAAAGUAAUCUAAAAACGCAUAUUUCGGAUAACAACAGACUGCAGGAGAUACUAAAAAUAGUUGAAUCUGCUAAGGAGGUCUUGCCGUCAGAUUUUGUAGACAGUUUCAACAACUCUGCAAAUAAUCUUUCACUAGCUGAAACAACGGUUGCAAAUUGUGAAAAAGAAAAAGUGCAAUUAACACAAACCAACCUUCAACACCAAAAAACUUUAGAGUGCUUGCAGGACAAAAUUAAACUUGAACAACAUCAAUUUGACGAAGAAAAACAAAAACUUCACACGUCAAUAAUGUCCAAAACUAAGGAAUGUGAUAUUUUAGACGUUCAAACAGAAAAGUUAAAAUGUGAGGUAGGUGCGGUAGAAAACUCAAUAAAUGAGCAGCAGGAUAUCCAAUCAUAUAUUCAGCAGAAUAUUGGUGUAUUAAUGGAAAAGUACAAAUGAAUUAAUUCAGUCCAAAAUACAUAAAAUAUUAUAUUUCUUUUUUGUUAAAUAAAUUUGACACUAUCAUCGCGAUUAAAGGAAUAUCAAGUCAUGAUCAUACCUUAUAAGCGAAAAUGAAAUUGAGAAAUAUUAUUAAUUUUAUUUUUUAUUAUCUCUUUACCAUUAAGUUAAAAAAUGUAAAUGCGGAAUUUGCUACUACAGCUAUAGUAAUUCUUUAGUAGAUAAUAAAUAAAAUAGGAAAACAGUAAA